AUGUUGGUUCACUCUCGUCCCCUCUCCUCUCCUCUCCUCUCCUCUCCUCUCCUCUCCCCUCAUGCGCAUGAAUGCACGACUCAUGUGCAUCGUGCUCCACCUCUUCCCGUCUCUUCUGUUUUUCUCUUCCCUCUCCCGUCUUCCCUCUCCCGUCUUCCCUCUCCCGUCUUCCCUCUCCCGUCUUCCCUCUCCUGCAGGAACCCUGACCAGUCAAAGCAUCUGGAGACAGCAACGAUGAUGAUUCACGGCAUGUGGAUCGACUUUGUGAACCUCAGGGCAGAGGAGUACGCACACGACUCCAGAAUCCCUCACACCAUUGAGUUUGGGACAGCAGAGGAGGACGCACUGAGGAGGGACUUGACGAUCAACAGCAUGUUUUACAACAUCAGCACGGAGCAAGUGGAGGACCCCACUGGGCGAGGAAUCUCCGACCUGAAUGGGGGCAUCAUCCGCACGCCCCUCCCACCCCACCAGACCUUCCUUGACGACCCUCUCCGAGUGCUUCGGGCCGUCAGGUUCGCUGCCCGAUUCGGCUUCUCAUUGGACGAGGAGUUGCGGGCAGCUGCAGCUUCGGAGGAGGUUCGGACAGCGCUGGGAAACAAAGUCAGCAAGGAAAGGAUUGGGAAAGAGGUAGAGCUGAUGCUCAAGUCCCGUGACCCAUAUGCAGCAAUAUCCCUGGUGGUUGACCUCAACCUCUUCCCCAUCGUCUUCCCGCUCCCCCACGCCCCAUCGCACACUGCCGACGUGCCUCCUGACGAUGAGCUCCCAGGCCUCUGUGAAGCAUCGUUUGCAGCCACCUGCACACGCCUGCACCAAUGGGAGAAACAUCUGCCGCAGGCUCUGAUUGAUCACUCGUCGGACCUUAGCGUGGGGCUGCUGCUGGCGGCGCUGCUGAUGCCUCUCAGGCACGCGCACUACCUGGAUAGGAAGAAGAAAGAGGUGCCAUUCGCGCAACACAUUGUUCUGGAUUCACUCAAGCUCAAGCGAGCAUAUGCUGACAUGGUGGUGCUGCUGCAUGCAGCAGCGGAGGAUUUCACUGCCCUGGCGCCCCUGCUAGCAAGAGAGGGAGCAGAAGCAGCAGUAGGAGGAGGGGGUGAGACGGCACGAGCUCUCACGCUGAUCACACUCCCGCAUGAGGAGUUCCAAGACAACCCGAGAGUGCUGACAGGCAAGCUCCUCCGCAAGGUGAAGGCGUGCUGGCCGUCCGCUGUGCUGCUGGCGUCUACUCUGCCGCCCCUCAACUUCUCCGCCAUGGUGAGACCCGUCUCUGACCUUUGGAAGCAUGUGAACAAGGUGACAUCCGACGCCAACGUAGUUAGUGCAACAUGCAAGCACUGCGGAGAGGCCGUUACCGCUAACGCGACACGAAUCAAGGAGCAUAUUUACGGGACUCCUUUCAACAAGUUGAAGAACGUGACGAUGUGCGAGUCAAAUCCCGCUAAGCUGCUACGAGAGGAAGCUGAGCGUGAGCGUUCCUCCACCGUGGGUUGCUCUAACCGUGCCUCUUCGUCUUCGAAUGAGCUUCAGCCCGUCCGUCGUGCUAGGCAGCGCGACAUCCGCGACAUGGCGGAUGACCUUGCUCGCGGUCGCCUAGACUACCUUUGGGCCGCGGUUGUGGCUGAGAACGACUUGGCGUUCAACGUAUCUAAGUCGAAGGCUCUUCAGGCGUUUGUGGACGCCGCUGUCAUCUACGCCAAACCGUACACGCUCCCCACGCCGUACAAGGUUUCGGGCCCGCUGCUUGAGAAGCUCAAGGCGGAUACCGAAGACCUUGUUCGGCCGAUCAAAGACAGCUGGAGCAUUAGCGGGUGCUCCCUCUCGGUGGACGGCUGGACAUGCCUGAAAUCCCGCGGCAUGGUAUGCGUCAUUGCUCAGAAUGACACUGCUCCCGUCAUUGUUGAUAUCGUGGACUCAAAGACGGCCAAGAAGACCGGAGAGUACCUGGCGGCCCUAAUUCGCAAGGCGAUCUGCACAGUGGGGGAGAGGAAAGUCAUCCAGGUUGUGAUGGACAAUGCGUCCAACAACAAACGGGCAGCCGACAUGCUUCGUGAAGGGUUUCCUCAGGUGUUCUUCACGAACUGCGCCGCUCACGUGCUGGAUCUCAUGUUGCACGACAUGGGAAACAUUCGGGUGGUGAAGCGUGUCUUGACUCAAGUACACAGGGUGGUGAUGAUGGUGAAGGGAUCCGCCUCUGCCGUCGUAUUGUUCAGGGAGGUUUUCAGCAACUUGUCCUUGGUCCGCCCUGGUGCAACGCGGUUCGGCACCCAAGUGAUUAUGAUCGGCCGUUUUUUGGAGGUGAAGAGGGCGCUGCGGGCGAUGGUGAUUAGUGAAGAAUGGGAGGAGGUGGCGGUGGCACGGACGGAGGAGGGGCGUGCGGUCCGCACGCUCCUACUGGACGACUUCUUCUGGGACUUAGUAACGGCUGUCCAUCGCCUCAUGACUCCGGUGUAUGGGGUGCUUCGGGUGGUUGACAAGAGGUCUCUCAUCAUGGGGGAGAUAUACGGCCGCAUGAUAGACGCCACAGUCCAAACGAACGAGGCGGCUGAGGCGGCUGGUAAGCACUAUAAUGCAGUUGCUGAAAUCUUCGUCAAGCGUCCCACCCUGCUGGUGGCCAAAGACAAGGCCACGUUUUUUACCUCCAUCAAGGCAAUUGUCGCCAAACGAUGGGACGGCCAGCUUCACAACGCCUUGCAUGCGUUGGGCUGGCUCCUCAACCCCCGCAAUCAGUACGUGGGUGCGGUGAGGAACGACCGUGAGAUCAGGUUAGGGGCGGAUGAGGUCAUCCAGGCCCGGGGUGUGGACGUCGCGCAACGCACAUUGCUCCACGCUCAGCUGGCCCAGUUCCACAAAGGAGAGGGCCAGCUUGGCUCCGAUGACGCUCGUUUGGCUGCCACGACUUUGGUGGAGGGCGGGCGCUUGACUGACGCGGAAUGGUGGUGGAUGUACGGUGGGGAGGUCGCGGCGCUUCAAGAGCUGGCUGUGAUGACCUUAUCACAGCCAGUGACCUCAUCCGAGGUGGAGAGGUACUUUACCGCGCUUGCUCGUGUGCAGAGGCGGGACCGGAACCGCCUUGCCGCCACCAAGAUGACCGACGUCACCUACGUCGCCUUCACGAGGAGGGCUCGUGACGCCUUUGAUCGGAGGCAGGGUGUGCGUGAGAAGCUGUAUCGUGACCUGAGCAACGGCACCCUCAAGGAGGGCUGCACCAUCGCCCCGGAUGACGUUUUAGUUGACUUGAAUGUGUUUUCAACCCCUUCCCUACCAGGUUUGGAUGGCGUGUGGGACACGAAACCCAUACUGAAUGGUCGGGAUGUGGUUGCUGCUCUGGAGCUCAAGAAAGGCGACCCACGUACAGGAUGUUGGAUGGAUCGAGUGAUGGAGUGGCAAUUGGCUAGUCCAAAUAAUGGAUCAACCGAGGAAUUAUCUCACAGUCGCAGCUAUCAUAAACCUAAACGUGUGAAGAACUCCACACUUGAGCAGAGCCCGCAGACUACCCAGCUUUCUCCAUUUUCAGGUCGACCCGAAGCGCCUGCAGCCAUGUUGGCCAUCUUCCAGAAGUCGAUAGGCGAGGCGCCGCAAGAGCUCAUGGCGCCGAAGCUGAACCGGUCGGCGUCCAUGUCGGGCCGGCUGGACGCCAAGGAGAUCCUCCACGGCUUCAAGAAGGCGCACCCGGGUGCCGUGCUUAUGCAGUUUGACGAGCAACACGCUAUCGCGUACACGCACGACAUGCAAGACUUCCUCAUGCCCAGGCAAUUCGCGGCGUGCGACGACGUGUUCUGCGCGUUCGCCGGCAACAUCGAGAACCUCGCGCAGCUGCGGCAGCGGUACGGGCUGGACCGGCACGUGAGCGAGGUUAACCUGAUCAUCGAGGCGUACAAGACACUGCGCGACCGCCGCCCGUACCCGCCCGAUCAGGUCAUCGCGGACCUCGCGGGCGCGUUCGCGUUCGUGCUGUACGACAACAAGGCGAAGAAGGUUUUUGUGGCGCAUGACGCGCAAGGCAAGGUGCCCCUGUACUGGGGCAAGUGCCUGGACGACGGAGUGCUCGCCUUUUCGGACGAUCCCGCUGUGCUCAAGGCCGGCACCGGCUCCUCCUUUGCCCCCUUCCCUCUCGGCUGCUUCUACUCCUCGGACGGUGGGCUGCGCAGCUUCACGGACCCAGAGAAGCAGCUCAAGGCCAUUCAGCACGUGGACAGCCAGGGGGAGCUCUGUGGCGCCACCUUUAAGGUCGACAGCCACCAGGAUUUGACUCAGCUGCCUCUAGACUCCAAGGACGACAGCGGCCGGGGCUGGUCAUAA